GGAACAGUCCCACUGCUCCCCGACAGACUGUCCCAGUGCAGAGACCCCAGCCUGUCCCGUCGCCCCCUUACUGGGACCCAGAGCCCUGCUCCCAGGCAGAGCCCCACGUGGAGAGAAGAUGUCGGUGACCUUUGAGGAGGUGGCUGUGUAUUUCACCAAAGGGCAGGGGGCUCUGCUGGACCCCAGUCAGAGAGCCCUUUACAGAGAUGUCAUGCAGGAGAAUUAUGAGAUUGUGACCUCGCUGGGACUCCCCAUUCCUAAACCUGACCUGAUUGCCCGGCUGGAAGCAGGGGAAGAGCCGUGGGUCCCAGAUCUCCAGGUCUCUGAGGAAAGGAAGAUCCCAAGAGGCACAUGCACAGCAGAUGAGACAAAGAGUGAGAACAAGGAGGGGAAUCCACAGCAGGAAGGUUCCAAGGAAGUGGAACUGCAGGGAACCUUUUUGAGAAGAGCUGAAGGGAAUUUUUCCAAGUGCUUGGAACAGAGAAAAGCAUGCAGUAAUUUGCGCAGGUCGCAGAGAAACCUGGGAAACCGCCCAAUAAAGAAAGUGGAUGAAUCCAUUGAAUGUGAAAGAGGAAGCAAGGAUCUCAAGGAAACCACAGCCCAGCGGACAAAUCACAAGGAAAAGAAACCCUAUAAAUGCUUGCACUGUGGGAAAAGCUUCAGUCAGUGCUCAGUACUUACUAACCAUAGGAGAAUCCACACAGGAGAGAAACCCUAUAAGUGUCUUGAGUGUGGGAAAAGUUUCAGUCAGCACUCAGGACUUACUAACCAUAGGAGAAUCCACACAGGAGAGAAACCCUAUAAAUGCUUUGACUGUGGGAAAAGCUUCAGUCAGAGAUCAGGUCGGAUUACACAUCAGAGGACCCACACAGGAGAGAAACCCUAUAAAUGCCUGGACUGUGGGAAAAGCUUCAAUGAGAAAUCAACUCUAAUUAAACAUCUGAGAACACACACAGGAGAGAAACCCUAUAAAUGCCUUGAGUGUGGAACAAGUUUCAGUGUACCAUCAGCCCUUGUUGUACAUCAGAGAACCCAUACUGGAGAGAAACCCUAUAAAUGCUUGUACUGUAGGAGAAAUUUCAGUCGGUGCUCAAGCCUUAUUAGACAUAGGAGAAUCCACACAGGAGAGAAACCCUAUAAAUGCUUUGACUGUGGGAAAAGCUUCAGUCAGAGAUCGGCUCAGACUAAACAUCAGAGAACCCACACAGGAGAUCAACCCUUUAAAUGCUUGGACUGUGGGAAAAGCUUCAAUGAGAAAUCAGUUCUGAUUAAACAUCAGAGAACCCACACAGGAGAGAAACCCUAUAAAUGCCUGGACUGUGGAAAAAAUUUCAGUGGACCAUCAGCCCUUAUUGCACAUGAGAGGACCCACACAGGAGAGAGACCAUAUAAAUGCUUGGACUGUGGGAAAAGUUUCAGUCGGUGCUCAAGCAUUAUUAGACAUAGGAAAAUCCACACAGGAGAGAAACCCUAUAAAUGCCUGGACUGUGGGAAAAAUUUCAGUGGACCAUCAGCCCUUAUUGCACAUCAGAGGACCCACACAGGAGAGAGACCAUAUAAAUGCUUGGACUGUGGGAAAAAUUUCAGUCGGUGCUCAAGCAUUAUUAGACAUAAAAAAAUCCAUACAGGAGAGAAACCCUAUAAAUGCUUUGACUGUGGGAAAAGUUUCAGUCAGGACUCACACCUUAUUAGACAUCAGACAAUCCACAUAAGAGAGAAUCCACAUAAAUACUUGAAUGGUGGGAAAAGCUUCAAUCCCAGGUCAUACCUUCCUAAACAUCGGAGAAUUCACAUGGGACAGAAUCUAUAAAUGCCUCAACUGUGGGAAAAGUUUCAUUCGAAGCUCAAACCUUGUUUCACAGACAAUCUACGAAAGAGAAGGAGCACAUAAAUACUUAAAUUGUGGGAAAAGCUUCAAUGGCUGCAGAAAAAGAUUCAUUCUGAGCUCACACAUUAGUCCCCAUCAGAUAAUUCACAGAAGAAAGAGCUUGAAUGUGGGGGUGCCUUCAUUUGGUGCUCUCACGGCAUCAAGCAUCAGCAGAUCCACCCAGGGAAGAGCCCUCUCGGAUGUCUUUAUCUUGGAAAAUGCUUUAGAUGGAGCUAACACCACAUUGGACGUAAGAGACUCCUCCACACAGGAGAGAAAUUCUCUCAGUGCCCUGACUAGGGCUGACCAAAGUAAAAACUCUAUUUCCUAAUUCCCACAAACAGCAGUGGCAUUUGGCUCCCAGGUAUCCAGCUGCCCAUGUCUGGGGGCAGGUUCCAGCAGCAGCUGACCCUGAGCUGAUCAGCAACCCUCUGUUUUUGCCUGGUCUAAGCAAACCCCAGGCAGAGGAGAAGUCCUUAUCAGCCCUUGCUUCAGCCCUGGCUGCUGAACUGAUGGGCCUUCCUGCCUCCUGGUAACUUGCUUGGGGAAGGGAGAGAGAAACACUUCCAGAAGCUCCCUCUGCCUGGAUAAAGUUCCCCCGUCUCCCUUCCCAGACAUGAUGCCCCUUCCAUGGAGAUUAGGAGAGGGAUACUUGGGCCAGGCCCCACAUUCACUCUGGACACCUGUCCCCACCCCACCCCCAUUUCCCAGCAGCCCCUGGCCUGGUUUCCCCCACUUACCUGGAGCUGGUCCCUGCAGAGUGAGUGUCCCUGGGGCUGGCAACUCUUCCCCUCCCUAAAUCCCCGAAAGUGCUGGGUUCUGGGGGAUCAAGUGUGAAAGGACCAGGAGGGAUGGAUUUUGGAUAGGAACCUGGGGGAUUGAAUGGUUGGGUCUGGUGGAUAUCGGAAGCAGAGGGUGCUGGAGAAAUCAAAUAUUAGGGAUCAUGGGCUAAGAGCGGAGAGUACCGGGAAGAGAGGUGCUGCUUGUAUCACUCACCUCCUCUGUCCCUUUUUCCCUGCCUCCUCUACAUUCAGAAAGCUCCUUUGAGAGGGACUGAUUUCCACAGGGUCUUUUGUAGGAGGCUUAAAGGUCUAGGGAUCCCACCUCUGCCUCCACAGCAUCAUCCUCCGAGGGUCUCUCUGUGGUGGGAAAAGUGGUUGGGAUUAGCUAGCAAAUCUCCCCUGACCCUCCCCUACUUUUCCUAAACUAGACUGACCCCAACCAUCUUACACAUUCCAUCCCCCAUUAGCAGAGUGAUUGUUAGAGUCACUGAGUUCCCCCUUUGGGGAGAGAUUGUCUCAUUCCUACAUAGUCUCACAUUGCUCCAGGUUAUGCAAAAUAAAUAAAUAAAUAAUUUUUUGUACAUUGACUUCCUUAAAGACCAGAAUUAACAGAUCCUAAAAGUGCUGGAGCAGGGAUAGGAAAAUGUGGUGUCUGGGGUUCUGUGUUAUUUGAGGGUGAUGGGGUGAGUUGGAGGGGUUCCCUCUUCUCCCCUUCACUGUCACACUUCACCCCGACACAGCAGCCUCUGUCUGAGCUUUAGAGAGUUUAUCCUCUCCCCAUUCUCUCCAGGAUGGCUCUUGUCACAAUGUUCUUUACUCUCCAUGCUUAGGAAUCACACUUUGAUUUUUUUGAUCCUGACUCAGACUCCUGAAGGCUAGAGAUGAGUGUCCAAGACCGGGAGGGGGAAUUCAAAUGAAUCCCAAAGCUCUGUUUGAGCUUUCUGAGCUUAAACCCCUGUUUCCAUCUAUUGAUAAAGUGGCUUCUGGGCUUUUUCCAGCCAAGUUCAGAACAUUUGUGGAGGGGUAGAUUUUAGGUUUGGCUUUUUUUUCUUUUUCUUUUUUAGAUUAGGACAAUGCUAAAACUUUUCUAAAUGACACAACCAAAUAAUGAGGAGGUGCUGAGUACAGGUUUAGCCAGUUCAGAGGAAAACGGAUACAUUUGUUUUCCUUCUUUUGGGAGUUAUGAUUCUGUGGGAUUUCUCUUUAUGAACCUGAAUGUGUUCUGUAGCCCAUCUGGUAGUGCUGGAUUUUCUCUUUUCUGAAGGGUGUUUAGUCACAUACUUUGAUAUUAGUUUAGUUUGACAGGAUGUAGCACAGUUUUAUUCAGGACUUUAUGAGACAAAUGAUCAUUUGCCAGAAGAGUCCUUUUUUAUUUUAUUUUAACCUUUCUUUACCCUCUGUCAUGAGAUUUUUCUUUGUUUGAACAAUGAAAAUUAUCACUAUCUCUCAGCAUGAAUACCAAGGGUGAGAGCUAGAUUCACACUCUGAGAGGCCGAAACUGAACGGGGCAUGGCGUUACUGCUUGAUCCCUACAGAGAUGUGAGAUGCAGUCAGGAGCUGGAGAGGGUGGGGAAACAGAGCUGGGAAACUGCAGACUUUUUUCUUGAGAGCCAGACAGCUGAUGCUGAAAACUGAACUUGCUGUGCCAAUGCCAGAGACACACAGGAAUUGCCCUGAGAGUGCUGGGUGAAGUCCCUGAAAUCUAAAGGGUUACAAAUGAUGCCCAGAGAUGAAUUAUAAGUGGAGCGGGCAGCUUCUCCCGACUGCUGAGAGGAGAAGCCUGGGGAGAGAAAAGAAGGAAACUGGGGAAGCCAACAGGUCUGGACCAGUCUUGAAGCCAGGCUGACCCCCAUCAUAGAGGCCAGAUGGAGAUGAUGAGCCUGACAAACCAGUUGGUCACCCCUCCCCAUCUACCAGUGUCCUGUGUGGGGAUGACAGAGACGCUGUCUAUCCCACUCACACCACACUGUAUCUGUCUAAUUGCAGCUCCUUGGAUUCCCUGCUCUCUGAGUGUUUGCUUUGUGUCUUGGGGAUUUGGGCAUAGCAAUGUGCUGGGCUGGGGAAGUAAAGUACCAUGCUGAGCUGGGCUGGGGGUGGGGAAAGGAGUCUGUCUUUUUUUUGUUCUUUGGAAUAAUAAAGUAAAAUUUAGUUUCUCACA